GGCUGGGAAUGAGAAGCAGAGCUUUGUGGAAUCCCAGCUCCAAGUUAAAUUCGCUUCUAAAAACUAGCUUUUUGCGCAAGACUGGUCUCAAAUCCAUUGUCUGAAGAAGAUUGUGCUUCAAUAAGUUGGCUGGCUGCUUUCAGAAGAGUUUGGUAAGCUGGCAGAGCUACUAUGAUUGGGAUUGGGGAAGGGGGAGGCUACUAUCUAUGCGAGUUUGUCUGAUAUCCAACGCACUCAAAAUAUGGAAUCGAUGGCAACCGGAUAUUGUUUUCUAUAGCUAACUGUUUGGCAUCCCCAGACUGAGGUCAGAUAUUUAUUUUGAGUCCUAGUCGAUGGAUUUAUUACCCACAAUACAAGAACAUUUCAGCUAGAAACUCUUAAACAAUGGGUGACUGGAGCUUCUUGGGGAGACUUUUGGAAAAUGCACAAGAACACUCCACGGUGAUAGGGAAGGUCUGGCUGACAGUGCUCUUUAUCUUCAGGAUCUUAGUGCUGGGAGCAGCCGCCGAAGAAGUCUGGGGAGACGAACAGUCUGAUUUCACAUGCAAUACCCAGCAGCCUGGUUGUGAAAACGUCUGCUAUGACAAGGCCUUCCCAAUCUCCCACAUCCGCUUCUGGGUGCUUCAGAUCAUCUUUGUGUCGACGCCCACCCUCAUCUACCUGGGGCACGUCCUGCACAUCGUGCGGAUGGAGGAGAAGAGGAAAGAGAAGGAGGAGGAGCUGCGGAAGUCUAGCAGACUUCAAGAGGAGAAAGAGCUCUUCAAAAAUGGCAGUGGUGGGAAAAAAGAGAAACCACCUAUCAGAGAUGAGCAUGGUAAAAUCCGAAUCAGGGGCACCCUCCUGCGCACCUACAUUUUCAACAUCAUUUUCAAGACCUUGUUUGAAGUUGGAUUUAUUGUAGGUCAGUAUUUUCUUUAUGGUUUUCAACUGAAGCCCCUAUACAGGUGUGACAGGUGGCCAUGCCCCAACACAGUGGACUGCUUUAUCUCUCGUCCCACAGAAAAGACCAUUUUCAUCAUAUUUAUGCUUGUGGUGGCUUGCGUGUCUCUUUUGCUGAAUUUGUUAGAGAUUUAUCACCUAGGAUGGAAGAAGCUCAAACAGGGACUGAUCAAGGAGUACUCCUCAAGUCACGUACUGCCGUGCAACAAAACAGAGCCUGAACCCAUGACCCCCACCCCUAGAACUGCCCCACCCAGUCUUAGCUACCCACCUUAUUACACAGACACCACUGCAGAGAGUCCCCACGCUUACCCCGCUGCUCCCCCGGCAGAGUUCAAGAUGUCACCUCUUACUGAGGAUCAGCACCCAUCCCCUCCCUUCUACAUCAACAGCAACCAUAGGCUGGCCACUGAGCAGAACUGGGCAAACCUCGCCACAGAGCAGCAGUCUCGUGAGAGGAAACCUGCCUCCUCUUCUGCCUCCACCACUAGCAGCGUCCGCAAUGAGCGCAGCAGCAAGGAUGCACUGGCCAGCAGCAGGAGCUUGAGAGCUGGGAAAAGUGAGCAGCAAGAGGGGCAUGUGACCACUACAGUAGAAAUGCAUGAGCCCCCUGUUGUGACUGACACGCGACGAUUGAGCAGGGCGAGUAAGUCUAGCAGCAGUAGAGCAAGAUCGGAUGACCUAGCGGUCUAGCUGUUUAAAUAGGGUUAUAAAAAUAAAAAUAAAACCGUGUAAGGCAGGGCACUGGAACUGGGAUGCUCAUGAUAAAAUAUACUGUUAUGCAAUCUGUGAGUUGUAGUAUUAUGUCCAGCAGGUUGCUCUAGACUUUUCCAAAGGCAGUGAAAAAGCAGGAUUAACUAUGAUUGUACAAUUACCUAGUACGGGUCAACAGAAGCUUCAGGUAAAUGGCAUUAUAAUGUAAAUCCGCAAAUGCACAUAUGUUUACAUUAAACUUUGUUUGCUGACUGAAGUUCCUGAUCUACAGUACUUGAGAACAAUAUAUACAAGCCAGUAUAAAUAAGUAACCGAGCUGACGUUAAAAUUGAAAAAGAUGUAUAUUUGUAAAUAACAUAUACAGUACUAUAAUAAAAGUACAUAAUGCAAAAUAAAGUUUACUAAAUAAUUUUUUUUUGUGAAUGUUUAGAUCUUUCUAAUGCAAUUUAAAAUUGUUCCUCAGGUAAGAAAGCAGGUUUUGAGAUGCAAAUGUAAAUCAAAUUGGUUGGCAUUUUAAAACAACACUUCUAUAACUGCCUUUCUGUCAGUACAAAAAGGGUUUUGUCCGAAGUCUUGUUACAAAAUAAAUGAAUAAACAAAAUAAAAGAAUUCAUAAUCUUGUCUGUUAUUGUACAUGCAGAAAAAUAUUUGUUAAUCAAUUUAUAGCCCCCAAUUAUUAAUUCAAAUAU